AUGACAAGCUCAGUGGCCGAGUCUAACGAUGGAUUGACGGCGAAUAUGUCUCGCUAUACUAACGAAGGCGGAGUUGCGAAGCACGAGAGGGUCGCAGCUUUACGGACAAAUCUUAAGGAGACCAAGGCUAUAGUUGAAGGAAAUUGCCAAGCACUUCGCCAAAAUGGUGAAUAUCUGGAGGAGACUGGGCGUCGAAUGGAGAACUUAGCAAGUUCGGCGGAAGGGCUUCACUUUGGUGCCAAAAGGGUACGCAAACAGAUGUGGUUCAAGGAUAUGAAGUCUCGCGUAUGCAUAUGCUCUGGCGUUAUUAUCAUUCUGUUGGUUGUUGUCGUUACCUCCAGUGAGUACAUUGCUGUCAACAGCUACCUGUGA